GUCGGACUGUUAUUCCGGACGGAACGCAAAGCAACCGUUGACGCACAAAGAUCGGCUGAGUGACUUCGGACUCUGGGACACCAGCACCGUAAAACUCUCCAGUUUGACUUCGGUCGAGCGACGGACAUUGCUCUCCCUGCCUGUAAUGUGAGUGCAGUGACCGCAGUAUGGACGGAGCUAUUUCACAGUUACACGGUCCCUCUCUUCCUCUCUCUGCUCUGCGGCUCCUGGUCCCACCGAUUCGGCUGGUCUCUGCAGCCAUCUGGCAGACAGUGGAGCAGAAGAUUGUGUCAGAUUAUGGGUUGCUUGAGGAGUUUGUGUUCAUGGUUACAGAGAUUGUGCCUCAACUUCUCUCCACGAGGCAGCGGGCGGAACUCAUUUUGGGUCUCAGAGCACGGCUGAUCCUGGAGUUAUGUCGCUCUGAGGAGACUGCUGACCUCCAGAUUAUUCAGCCACAUCUUGACCGAAUGCAGAACCUCAGAUCCCUAUGGAAAGUGGAGACUGCUAAUGUCGAACAAGAGGCCUCUGACUCACAUUUCAUGGGCCUUGUCCAAAAUCUGCUUCGAGAUCCUGAAGAGAGAAGAAACUUUUUCCAGGAUGUUUUCCCAGGAGACUUUGGCCCCACAUAUGACAAAGCAAUCCAGACAUUGAUGUGGCUGUUUCUGUCCAGACUCGAAAAGCUUCUCCCCACCCAAACUCUCCAGCAGAUUGCAUCUCUGCUCAGCGACACCUCGUCUGUUCUGAAUGAAUGCAUGGAGAGUUUCUCUCAACCUCAGGAGCUCAAAACCUUGCUGGGCACUCAGAAAGACCUCAGCCAGUUAGAAGACAUAGAAUCUUACAUUGUUGACAGCGGCAUCUUGUCAGCCCUGUGUCUCCCUCCUGUGGAAAGAGUUGUGAUUGUUAAUGAACAAGCGGAAACAGAUGCGGAGAGUGGACUCGUGUAUACAGUCUGCACAGAGAUGGAGGUGGAAUCUGAGAACAAAGAGGUGUACAUGGAGGGAACUGGCACAUCUGAAGAUUGUGCACAAACCCAGUGGUUUGGUCUUGGCAGCGAGGUGAAAGCAGAAAUGGACAGUGUAGUAGUUACAGAUCCCGUAGAAGGCGCUGAGGCCAGCGAGAGUGAAGUAGCAGAGGACCAGCAGGACGACCAGUCUGGAACGCUGAUCAUCGGGGAGGACGGCCAGGUGACGGUGCUCGACAGCACGGAGAAGAAGCCAAACAGACGCGGGAGGAAAAAGAAACGCCCUGUAGAUGAAGACUUUGAAGUGCAAACCAGAGCGAGAGGCAAACAAGACGAUUCAGAAUUUGAGAGCGUGUGGGAUAGACCCGUCCGAAAGAACCGCGGACUCAAGAUGAAACGCUAUCUGUCGCAGUGGAGGAAAUCGGGAAAGACACAGGGCAGUAAUACUGCCAACAGCAGCCCUAAAAAGUUUGCCAGAUCCCAGACUUCAGCCAAAAGCAAUGACUUGGACGAGAGAACAUGCAAAGUGUGCGGCAAGGUGGUGAGUCGUGCCAAGUUCUUGGAGCGCCACAUGAAUCGACACUCAGAGGAGCUGCCCUUCUCUUGUCCUUCCUGUAAAAGGUUUUAUAAGAGCUUGCGUUACUUGCAACAACACAGAUGUCCAAACAUGACGAAAGCAAAGGCUGGCCGGAAAGCAAAGGAGCAAGACACUGCAGCAGAGGAGGGUGAACAAUCAUCCAGCGGGGUUCCUUGUGAGGCAACCAGCGAAGAUCAGCCGUUAGACAACACAGUCCAAGACCCCGAUUACUCGCCCCCUGCAGAGAGAUCUUCCAAAGAUUUGGGGCAGAAAAGCCCUGAAGGAAACAAAAGUGUGAUAGAAGGGCCGUUCUACUGUCCUCACUGCAGCGUCGAGUUUAAGUGCAAACAAACGUUCAGGUUCCAUCUGAGAAACAUUUGCUACACUGAGCAACAGGUGGAUCCUGAGCAGCCCGAGGAUGUGAAGCACUGUUUCAGGUGCGAUGAAUGUGACAAAGCAUUCAAGUACAAAUCAACGUUGGAUUCACACAAACAAACUCACAACCCGCUGUACUGUGAGGUGUGCAUGAAACUGGUACGUGACCCAGAGGCGCUGGCAAUGCACAAGGAAUCCCACACUCCAUUUCAGUGCAACCAGUGUGUGGAGAAUUUCCCUGUGUUCAAGGCCCUUCACAAGCACUACAUUGACGUCCAUAAUCCCACGGAGCCUUUUACCUGCACCCACUGUCAGACAACUUUUGCCAGUUUGAAGCGUUUCAUCAGACACGAGUGGAAACACACCGGCUACCAACCAUUUCAGUGCCCUCACUGCAGUAAAAGAUUCCGGUCGUACUCCGACCUCGUGGAGCACCAGAAAAAACACACUAAAGCGUAUCCAUUCCUCUGCUGGGAAUGUGGCAAGAAAUUCCGGCAUGGCGUGACACUGACGCGGCACGUGGAGCGCGUGCAUCACACCGGCGAACCCGUAUCCGAGAAACCUACGCCAACCUUCACCUGCGCUCAGUGCGGGAAGACCUUCACUUCCAGAAGAUGCCUUCUGAAACACGACAACUUCCACCACAAAGGGCUGCGUUUCCCGUGUGAGCACUGUGGAAAGGGAUUCUUUGGUAAAGACGCUUUGGUGAGGCACACUUUGAUUCACACGGGCGAAAGGCCUUUCAAGUGCGACGACUGCGACAAGUCUUUCAGAUCGGCUGCAGAACUGAAGAUACACAGGAGGUACCAUACUGGGGAAAGACCAUUUAAGUGCAACGUCUGUGAAAAGGGUUUUGUCCAGUCUUGCUUUCUGACUUUACACAUGCGAACCCACACAGGAGAGAGACCAUAUGUUUGUACAGUGUGUACCAGGGGCUUUACAAGCUUGCAUGGCCUAAAAAGACACAGGAGACUUGUUCAUGCAUAGUUAAUGUUAGUAUGAUUCUUACUCCAAUGGGGAUGUUCUGUUCAGCAUUCCCCUACUGAAGGAAGACAGAGGUUAACAACAGCUGUAGACCUGAACUUGAGGAAUUUGAUUCGACCUUGCUCUAGGACACUUCAGCAGCAUGGAUGUUGAAGGACCUUACAAUGUCAGUCACACUAUCUCUGUGGCUGUCGCAGCUCGGACUGUCAAACUGUGUAACUGUAUAAUGAAUUAUAAAAAUGUAUCUUUGUAUUUUUUACAGAAAUGUUUGCUGUAGUUCUACAUAAGAUUUGUAUGUUCAAAUGAUACAAACCAUGGUUCCUUGAGGAAUUCAUGUCUUUUUCUUGAAUAAAUGGAACAUUUGAACAAGUGUCA